UAAGGAAUAAAAAGUAACAAUAAAACUGGAGCCUCACAGAGCAAUAGGGUUUGGCUGCCGGGGUCAGUGACCCCUGUAUGAGGCAGAAGAGUAAGACAAUUUAGAAACAAUUAAAUGUAAAUAAUGAAGACUAAUUGCAAAGUUGCCAGGAAUAGGCCAUUCUGUAACAUACAAAGAGUUAACUUAAAGGCAAACUGCCCCUUUAAAGUCACAGUUGGUGCUGUAAGGCAGUCGGUGCGGGUUCUCCCUGCUGGGGGGCAGCAUGGCCACGCCGGACGUUAGCGUGCACGUGGAGGAGGUGGUGGUGGUGACUACGCCCGAUACCAUUAUGGACGGCAGCAGCGUCGAGGAAGUGAAAGCCGUGCUGGUCACCACAAACCGGAGCCUGACGGACGAUGCGCUCGAGUCAGAGAACGUUGCUGCUGCGGCGGCCGCGGCUUUCCGUGCCUCUACGGAGCUGAAGGAGGCGGUUCUAGGUAUCGGGGGGCCCAUAACAAGUGUGCAGUGUUACUUAAAGAUGGAGGAAGAGGAGGAGGAGGAGGGACUGGAAACUGAGAUCGUGUACCCUAUUACCUGUGGGGAAAGCAAAGCCAGUCUGAUCUGGAGGAAGUUUGUGUGUCCCGGGAUCAAUGUCAAGUGUGUGCAGUACAAUGAUAUUUUAAUGAGCCCCAAAGAGUUUGUGCAUCUGGCAGGCAAAUCGACGCUGAAGGAUUGGAAGAGAGCGAUCCGGAUGAAUGGUGUAAUGCUGAGGAAAAUAAUGGAUUCGGGGGAGCUGGACUUCUACCAGCACUCUAAGGUGUGUUCCAACACGUGCCGCAGUACCAAGAUCGACCUGACGGGGAGCCGCGUGUCCCUCUGUAGCCAGACCCCCACCGAGUACAUUCCCAUCAGCCAGGCCGCAGGGGAAAGUUUCACAGUGAAUGGGACACCGGCCACCAUAACCAUAGAGACGUGUGAGAGUUCUGCCGACUGGACGGGCACAGUUGCGGACGAGUCGCUGGUAUUCUGGCAGGGCCUGAAGGACGCUGGGCUGCUGGAAGAGGUGAUCCAGGAGUUUCACCAAGAGCUGCUGGAAACCAUGAAAGGCCUGAAACAGCGUCUGGAGAGCCCCCCCAUCCAGCUACAAGAUGCCGUCUUGCUCAACAACAUCGUGCAGAAUUUUGGCAUGUUGGACCUGAUCAAGAAAGUGCUGGCUGGUCACAAGAGCCAGAUGGACCGGUCCCGGGAGCAGUACACACGGGAUCUGGCAGCGUUAGAGCAGCAGUGUGACGAGCACAGGAGAAGGGCCAAGGAGCUCAAACACAAAUCUCAGCAUCUCAACAACGUUCUGAUGACCCUGACGCCGGUCAGCGUGCCCCCCCCGGCCAAGAGACCGCGCCUGUCCCGUGCCACGUCGGGCCCAGCCGCCAUCACUACUCAGAGCCCCGCCCAGAUCACUCUGCCCCAGGGGAUGACCCUCUCUCAGCUGAGCAGCCUCCCAUUCAGCAAGGUACUGUCCGGGGGCUCCCCCGCCUUCAGCAAGAACCCCUCCUCUCCCUCCUCGCCCAUGCUGGGGGGCUACACCAUCGUCACCCCCUCCGGCAGUAACUUCCCCAGCACCCUGGAAAUUCACCCCGACUCCUCCAACCUGACGGUCCUGAGCACGGCGGCCAUGCAGGACAGCAACACGGUUCUCAAGGUGGUCAGCCCCAUCCAGCUCCUCACCCUGCAGGGCCUGGGCGCCAUACAGAACCUGGCCCAGAUCGCCCCGGCGGGAAGCACCAUCGUGGCCAUGCCCUGCGGUACCGGGGAAGGUGAGGAGGAACAGACCACCAUUGAGGUGACCUCACUGACGGAGGAAGAGGAGGAGCAGAAGUAAGGGGCAGCUGGGGGUACCCUGUGUGUCUCGUUGGGCUGCCCGGGGGCGCCGGACAGUUGGACGCGGGGGGGGGCAGCCCCUGAAUGAACCAAAGAAGGAUAUUUCCAUCUGUGCUAGGGGACGGAGCUACAUAUGCUUUAUCCUGCUGAACUGGGGCGGGGGGGCAAUCUGAACAGGGUAACACAAACUCUUGCAUAGGUGGGGGGCCCCCCCAGAACUUGACUGGGCAGGGAGGUGCUCUAUAGCCUGUCAGCGAAGGGCCCACAUCCCCCUGGGACAGAACCUUUCUGAGCAAUGAACCCCUUAUUCUGGGCCAGAAUUGGACUAUAGGUACUGCCCCUCGCUGCUCGGGUUCUGUUGCUGCCUUUCUGGGGAAUCGGACCGGAGUGGGCUGAGCCGAGGGGCAAAUGUUGCUUUCCCGCUGGGUACAGUGGCACCGGCAGUUGUUGCCUAGGAGAGAUUUCCCAGGGCAGCACUUGGGCACAGGGACCCCCAGCUGGACUUACACUGGUGCCCACCCUUCCCUGGCGAGGUCACAUGAUGAAUCACAGUGCCCCGCCCUAUGGGACGUUGCACUGCAGCCCGACGUGCACGGUGCAGUUGAACAAGAUCUGAGGUUGCACAUUCCUGGUUUUAAGGGGAAAUGAACAGUCGCUUAUUCUCCAGCGCGGUCUCAUUGGACUCACGUUCUUGUCUCGUUUCCUUCUUAUUUUGCUCUCUGCCCAAUAAACCUUUAAAGGCUGUUUCUUA